UUCUGAAACCGGUUCCCCCAGGAGCACGGAGAGAGCAGGGGCCUCCUGCCUCGGGCCAAGCUCUGCUGGGCCCUGGGCCCCUUCCGGGAGCGGGAGCGAGCUGCGCGGGAGAUUUCAAGACCCCCCCGGGCUCCUCCUCUGACCUCUGCUCCCACACCUCCUCCCCUCUGCCCAGCAGGUCCCGCUGUGCCCCUGAAAACAGCAGCUGCUUCCUAAGACGGCCCUUGUCCUUUGCCAGCACGUGCAGAACCAAGGCUGUUUUCCGGCCCUGGGGGCCUUCUCUUUACUCUCUGGAAUCUUCUGGAUCUGUGGCAGGGUCCUCCUCCAAGCAUGCCAAGGGUUGUUCUCUAGAAAAAUCACUCCUGUGGCCAUGCGACGUGCAGCAGAGGGGAGAGUGGCUGGCAAGUCACAGUCCUGCCUUGCCGGCGCCAAGGGGCCACCAGCCCCACAAGCCCAGGGAUUUCUUCCACACCCCAAAGGGCUGGGAGGGCCUCUUCUGACAGGAGUCAGCACUGAAGUCCCUGGGGACAGAAGGCCUCUUUCUCUUUUCCUCCUUGGACACAGACCGGGAUAUGUACAUCAGCCCAGAGGAGUUCAAGCCCAUUGCUGAGAAGCUGACAGGCUCAACCCCGGCCGCCAGCUAUGAGGAAGAGGAGCUGCCUCUUGACCCCAGUGAGGAGACGCUCACCAUCGAAGCCCGAUUCCAGCCUCUGAUCCCAGAGUCCAUGACCAAGAGCAAAGAUGGGUUCCUGGGGGUCUCCCGCCUGGCCCUGUCCGGCCUCCGCAACUGGACUGCUGCGGCCUUGCCGAGCGCAGUGUUUGCUGCCCGACACUUCCGGCCCUUCCUUCCUCCUCGGGGCCACGUGGAGCUGGGGGAGCCAUGGUGGAUCAUCCCCAGUGAGCUGAGCGUCUUCACUGGCUAUUUAUCUAACAACCGCUUCUACCCACCACCGCCCAAGGGCAAAGAGGUCAUCAUCCACCGGCUCCUGAGCAUGUUCCACCCUCGACCCUUUGUGAAAACCCGCUUUGCCCCUCAGGGGGCUGUCGCCUGCCUGACCGCCAUCAGUGACUUCUACUACACUGUGAUGUUCCGGAUCCACGCCGAGUUCCAGCUCAGCGAGCCGCCUGACUUCCCCUUCUGGUUCUCGCCUGGCCAGUUCACCGGCCACAUCAUCCUCUCCAAAGAUGCCACUCACGUCCGGGACUUCCGGCUCUUCGUGCCCAACCACAGGUCUCUGAAUGUGGACAUGGAGUGGCUGUACGGGGCCAGUGAGAGCAGCAACAUGGAGGUGGACAUUGGCUACAUCCCCCAGAUGGAGCUGGAGGCUGUGGGCCCGUCGGUGCCUUCUGUGAUCCUGGACGAGGAUGGCAACGUGAUUGACAGCCGCCCACCGUCAGGGGAGCCCCUCCAGUUUGUCUUUGAGGAGAUCGAGUGGCAGCAGGAGCUGAGCUGGGAGGAGGCUGCCCGGCGCCUGGAGGUGGCCAUGUACCCCUUCAAGAAGGUCACCUAUCUGCCAUUCACUGAGGCCUUCGACCAAGCCAAGGCCAAGAACAAGCUGGUGCACUCAAUUCUGCUGUGGGGCGCCCUGGAUGACCAGUCCUGCUGAGGUUCAGGGCGGACUCUCCGGGAGACUGUCCUGGAAAGUUCGCCCAUCCUCGCCCUCCUCAAUGAGAGCUUCAUCAGCACUUGGUCCCUGGUGAGGGAGCUAGAAGACAUGCAGAACAACCAGGAGAACCCGUCCCACAAGAAGCUGGCCGACCUGCACUUGGAGAAGUACAGCUUCCCCGUGGAGAUGAUGAUCUGCCUGCCCAACGGCACCGUGGUCCACCACAUCAAUGCCAACUACUUCUUGGACAUCACCUCCAUGAAGCCUGAGGAUGUUGAGAACAACGUCUUCAGCUUCUCGUCCACCUUUGAAGACCCGUCCACGGCCACCUACAUGCAGUUCCUGAAGGAAGGCCUUCGGCGCGGCCUGCCCCUCCUCCAGCCCUAGUGCGGCCUCAGGCCAUGAGACGCCAGGCUGGACGGGGCGGGGGAGCUGAAGCAAAGGCCUCCGACACUGAAGGCUCCGAGCCAGCGGUCCUGGCACAUUUCAAGCUUCGGGCACCCCCACCCCUGCCACUGCCAGGCUGCCUGUGCGGUUGGAGGUCAGUGAAGGGUUAGACAAGGGGGUGCCUGGGGCGACUGGACGGAUGAACCUCUGACCCCAGCUGCCGCCAUUAGCCCUUUACUGCCUGCGUGGUUCCAGAAGCUGCUCAGGACACCGAAAACGGACGUCAGGUCAUCUCCCUGGACCUCACCCACUCAGGCACACAGCCCAGGUUCCUGUGGGGUAAAGAUCAGGGAGGAGUGGUGCCAGGAAGACGGGGCCUCCCCUCUCUCCUUGCAUUCACCGCCUCCCCUAAGAAAGGUCAGAAAGGCCUCGGACUGGGGGCUGGGGAGGGGUUGCCAGGGAAGCACUCUUGUUUGUCUGGAACCUUCUUCCUGGCUGCCCUCCUAUGCCUGGUGCCCCCAGUGGGGUCAGUUUCAGCUGGAGACCGCCUUCUGGAGGCUCAGGGGAAAACCCUCCAGAAGAAGUCCCUGCGCCCCAGACCUCGGCUCUCCAGACGGCUCAGUCCAACCUAAUGAUAGGGCCCCAGCACCUGUUUGGGGACUUGCUGGAGGCUGCCUGGGGCGGUUCACUGCGAAGGAGGCUUCUGCUUCUAGCAAGGGAGUCCACUGAGGGCUUCCUGAGGCCCAGGGCCCAGGCACCCGCAGCGUCCGCCCAGCAGGGGUCACAGUAGGACUACUGGAGCCGGCCCCGGGCCCCUCGGACCCCAGCUCCACGGAAGUGUAGCUCAGCCAAAGACAGCAGCUCCCCCAGAGCCGUCAGGGCAGCCCCGCCCCACGCACCCCACCAAAUGGCUGCUGGCCUUCCCUGGCCUCUCUGAAGGCCUCAGUCUCCGUCCCAAGCCACUGACUACAGCCAGUCUUUUUUAUACAUGCAGUAAAGUGUUUUUAUAAGUCUUCUCACAGUUUGUAGAUAUUUUUGAUAACGCCAACACUGAGGAGAGAGAAGGGGCGGUGUCUUCCCCCCGCAGCAGCCCCAUGAUGGCUGGACCUGAAAUCCUUGAUGGGUCCAGCUUGAUGCCUUUGCAGCUGCGCCUGUGGGAAGAAAUAUUCCUCUCUUCCUUUCCUUCCAGCUUUUUAAAAAAGAAAGUCAUUGUACCCCCAGCCCUAUCCUUGUCUUCCCCUCAGGCCCAUGAGGGUCCCUGGGCUUUCAUUAAAGCCCUGGAGCCAAGGCUGCUUCCCAAGCCCUGGGGAGCUCACUCUUAAACCUGGAAAAGGAAGGCAGACACCUCCUUGGACACACUCCCAGGCCUCCCAUUUGCUGAAUUCCCCUGCCUGCCACUUAAGUAUCCAUACUGAGCCUUCCGUCGGUCUCUCUCUCUCUCUCUCUCUCUCGGGCACUCCUGUAACAUUACUUCUAUUUUCUUGUUUAAUCCUCACAAAGAACCUGUGAGGCAGAUAUUAAUCAUUCCCAUUUUGCAGAUGAAGAAACUGAGUCUCAGGGAAGUGUCGUGACUUACCCAAGGUCACUGAGUGGUACAGUUGAGACUCAGCCUGUGUCUUGACUUUGGUGUUUUGUUUUGCACUGAGCCCCCACCUCUCACCCCUGCCCGUUUUCACUGACAUGAAAAAGUUCAAACCAAAAUGUCUCACCCCCCUCUGAUCUCCAGACGAAAUGAACCAGCAAGCAAGCGCAGCCAAGUUCUUUGUUUCCUGGGAGGCAGUGCUUCUAUGCCCCUUAAAAGGGAGGGAGGGCACCGGAGUCUGUCUCAGUGCUGCCAGGCAUGGGUGGCGGUAGCCAGUCCCAUGAGCCACCCAGUGUCAGCACAGACUCCCGCCUCCCCACCCCACCCGGCAGGCUCUUCCCCUCCACACUGGCUCACCCCGCACUGAGAAAUCCUUGUCCCUUGUAAGGUGCUGAUUGCUCGGGCUUUCUCAUCUUCAUCCCAUACCUUUCCUGACCCCUCCCCCCUCCCACUGUGCCUUGAAGCUCAUGGUGGGGAGGGUCCUAGCUGCCCUCAUCACCCCUCUGCCACUUCUCUCCCCUGUCCACGUGUCCUAUAAUAAAAUCAGAAAGUCUA